AUGACGUCUAUUCUUUCGAUAUUCAGAAGCAGUAGCGCAGAUGGCUUGCUCAAGAUUAUGAUGAAAGAUUCCGAGGAAGCUUCGAUGCUGCGGGAAUCGUUCCUGGCAUACUGCCAAAAAAUUGAGAUUACAAGCUUUUGCGAAUCAAUUCGGCUUAAACAUAUGAGUGACUUAAUAGUUACACAGGAAUCGGCGUUUUUGGGACUCCCAAAUGAACGCCGUCUCUAUCUACAUGCGACACAUAUUGAGAUGUGUAAAUAUUCUGGAGGAGAUGAUGUGAAUUUUCGCCUCGUGAGUUCAGAAAUCGAGAGAAUGGUCUCCUAUGCCGCUGCAAAAGAGGAGAAUAUCGUGACAGGACCGGAUAAUAUUUCAUCGAUCUUUAGUACUACUAAAGUCACGGCUGAGCUGGCCACUGAUAGGCGAGUUUUGCAUUGUCCCGAUUUAGUCAACUCUACUGACGAUAAAGGUAGCCGUGAGGCGGAAAAAUGGUUCGAGCGUCUAACGACAGAUGUCCAUCGUGUUGCUCACGAGCGCUACAAGGAUGGGCGUAAUCGAGUUAGAGUUGCCAUAAUAGAUACUGGAAUCGACGGGUCUCACCCGCUUCUGAAGGAAUUCCGAGAAAACGGUCAAAUUCGAUGUAAGAGCUGGAUACUAGACCAACCAGCAGAUAAAGACGAGCACGGACACGGCACUCACGUUGCACAUUCAUUCUUCAGAGUGGCCCCCAAAGCUGAGAUAUUUGUUGCAAAGGUAUUUCGCACAGGUGUUCCAAAAGAGCUGAGUGAUAGCAAGGGAUUGAUUGCUAAGGUAAGUUUCCAUAUUGUCAAUCUUGUGUGGCGACUGAUUUGUUUUCCUGGAAAGGCAAUUGAUUAUGCAGCUUUAGGCUGGAAGGUCGACAUCAUUUCCAUCUCAUGGGGAUACUCCGAGGAAGUGGUAGAGAUCAAGGCUGCCAUAAGGAAUGCAUUCCACCGAGGUGUCAUUAUAUUUGCUGCGGGCGGAAACUCGGGGGCAAACCCGCGGAAUCCGAUCCUUUUCCCUGCAUCUCUGCGACAGGUUAUAUGCAUAAAUUCUACAGAUGCAUCUAAUAAGCCCUCAAAGUUCAAUCCCCCGGCGAUGGCUGAUCGAACUCUCAGCAUACUUGGCGAAGCUGUGGCUGCUGCGUGGCCCUCUAGUGACGGUGUGGGUGCGACUUCUGUCCAAAGUGGAUCAUCAAUUGCCUCACCAAUAGCUGCUGGCGUGGCCGCACUCAUUCUCGAGUAUGUUAGGCAACCGACGGCGAAGAAAACUGAAACGGUUGCUGAUCAAAAGAGGCUCAAUCAUUCCGAUCAGAUGAGAAAGGUUCUCCAAGCAAUGACGAUCGUGAACGAAGGUUUUCAUUGCAUAACCCCUGCAAAGUUAUUUGACGAGAAUACUGAUCAAAGACACGUCAGGAUCUGUUCUGCUAUAUCGGGCAUUUUAGAUAGCCUUUGA